GCGGCUCUGUCCUCUCACUCUGUCUCUCCGGCCGCCGGUGUCACCUUGGUGGUCUCUCCGUUCAGUCGGUAACAAGAUGGCAGAAGCAGGGAAGCAGCGGACUUCCCCCAAGUCUGUGAAGUUCCUGUUCGGGGGACUGGCAGGGAUGGGGGCCACGGUGUUUGUGCAGCCGCUGGACCUGGUGAAGAACCGCAUGCAGCUGAGCGGGGAAGGAGCCAAGACCAAGGAGUACAAGACCAGUUUCCACGCAGUGGGCAGUAUCCUGCGCAACGAGGGCCUCAGAGGCAUCUACACGGGUUUAUCGGCGGGGCUGCUGCGCCAGGCCACCUACACCACCACGCGCCUGGGCAUAUACACCAUACUGUUUGAGAAGUUCACAAAGGCUGAUGGGACUCCCCCCAACUUCUUUAUGAAAGCGGCUAUUGGAAUGACUGCUGGGGCCACUGGAGCUUUUGUGGGGACACCGGCGGAGGUUGCACUGAUCAGAAUGACUGCGGAUGGCAGGAUGCCCGUUGAUCAGAGGAGGGGUUACACCAACGUGUUUAAUGCACUAGUGAGGAUGACGAGGGAGGAAGGAAUAACUACGCUGUGGAGGGGAUGUAUACCCACCAUGGCUCGUGCUGUUGUUGUCAACGCGGCUCAGUUGGCCUCCUACUCACAAUCCAAACAGUUCCUGUUAGACUCAGGCUACUUUGGGGACGAUAUUCUGUGCCACUUCUGUGCCAGUAUGAUCAGUGGGCUAGUCACCACUGCCGCCUCCAUGCCAGUCGACAUUGCAAAAACCAGGAUCCAGAACAUGCGCAUGAUCGAUGGGAAACCCGAAUAUAAGAACGGACUGGACGUGCUGAUGAAGGUGGUGCGGCACGAGGGCUUCUUCAGCCUGUGGAAGGGCUUCACCCCGUAUUACGCGCGUCUCGGGCCUCACACCGUUCUCACCUUCAUUUUCCUGGAGCAGAUGAACAAAUACUACAAGAAGUUGUUCCUCAGCGGAUAAGAGAUGAACUGGAGACCUUUCUAUGUGACACCCCAGAUAACCUGCCCCUUGGGAGACUCCCCUCACGUUUCCCACCCCCGAGGAGCCUGGCCCCGCCUCCUGCUGGACUUUGCGGGACUGCCAUGCAGCUUUCCUGCUUUCCCCCUGCCCCUUCUGGUGGUUUCAAUGGUUAAACUUGUGUGUAAUUGACUGGCGGGGUAUCUGGACCUCUGCUCUUACAUCUAUACUCUAUUGUAUGUAUGAGUGGGUGUGUCCUGAGAAACACAGGGGUAAUUAUGGGAGUUUUAAAGCUGUGUCAUGGAAGUACCGCAUAAACACUCACAUAUAUAUAUAUA